AGAGUGCAUGUGGUGUGCGGACAGGCAGUGGUUGGCGGGCAGGGAAUCGGACGCGUCCCGCAGCGAGUCACUUGACAUCAACAAACUGAGGACAGUUCAGGACUUAUUUCACAAAAAUGGGAAUAUUUUCAGCCUCCUCGCCCUUCGACCAGUAUAUAGAACGGGCAACGAGUGAGAAGAACACUGGAGAUGACUGGGGACAGAUCAUGGACAUAUGUGAUAAAGUGAAGGAGAGCAACACAGGGCCAAAAGAUUGUCUCAAAUCCUUAGUAAGAAGACUGAACUCAGAAAACCCCAGGAUCGUCUUGCAGGCUGUAACACUCCUGGAUGCUUGCAUCAACAACUGUGGUCGCAAAUUUCUUCUUGAGGUUGCCAGCAGAGAGUUUGAGCAAGAACUUAGGAAACUCAUCACAAACACUCGUGCCCACCACAAAGUUUCUGAGAGACUACGUGAAUGUCUAAAAAAGUGGGCUGAGGGAGAGUUUAAGGGUGACCCCCAGCUAAGCCUCAUUCCAGCCCUAUAUACCAAACUGAAGCAAGAUGGAUAUGACUUCAAUGUACAGACUGAUUCACCCAAGAAACCCUCAGCUAAGUACAGCACAGAUCCAAAUGUGGUGAACAACAAACAGGAGGAAGAUGACAUUGCCCGUGCCAUUCAGCUGUCCUUGCAGGAGUCAGGGGGUAAUGGCUCCUCUACAUCUCAGUCAUCCCGCUCUUCCAAUCUCUACUCCCUUGCCUCAGCUGCCCUCACCAGUGAUAGUGCCACAUUAUCUGCCACUUCCUCCUCUCCUCCAGCCAAGGAACCACAGAAAGCACGAGCACUUUAUGACUUUGAGGCAGCAGAAGACAAUGAACUCACAUUCAAGGCUGGAGAAAUAGUUGUGGUGCAGGACAGCAGUGACCCUAACUGGUGGAAGGGAACCAACCAUCGAGGUGAAGGACUCUUUCCAGCCAACUUUGUCACCCUGGAUCUCAAUGCUGAAACUGAUCAGCCACGAUCCGAAAGUGGGAAGAGGGUUUCCUUCUCUGAGUGUGUAGAAGUGACAGAAGUGGAAGGGGCAGGUGGAGCAGAGCAAGUGGAGGUGACAGGCGAGGUUGAUGAAGAAAAGAUAGAUAAUCUUCUUCAUGUCUUGCAUGAAGCUGAUCCAACAGGAGAGAGGCCAGAUCCACCACAGCUUGCCAUUCUUGAGGAGCAAGUUAAUGCCAUGGCCCCAACAAUUGAUGCUGAACUGGAGCAGAUUGACCGCAAACAUGCUCAGCUGGCCCGUAUCAGCACUGAUCUUGUGGAUGCACUUGGUCUUUAUCAUCAGCUGAUGCGUGACAUGCCAUCCACAAUGAGUAGCUACUAUCCCAUCCCCAAGAACCCUGUGGGUGCUCCUGGACAGAUGCCAGCCUAUGGACUCUCACCAACCCCUGGCAUGCCUCCACAUCAUAUAUAUGGCACUCCUGGCCAGUUUGCACCGUACAUGGUCCCUCCAGCCCCUGGUGCCCCAGUAGGUCCUGGUCCCUUCCCCAAUAUGCCCACCUCCAGCAAUACAGGACCCACAAUGCCACCACCACCCCAGACACAUUCCAUGCCUGUGAACACUCAACCUAUUCCUGGCCCUCAACCACCAAUCACCCAGCCUGUCGUCUCCCAGGCACCAGAGUUCCAGCCAAUGCCUCCAAACAAUCUUGAUGCUUCUGGGGCAAACAUGAUGCCAGGCUAUGGUCACUACCCUGGUAACAAUCAAUAUGGUCCACCCCCUGCAACUCAGCCCAGUGGUGCUCCUACUGAUCAGUCAAAUGGUCCCCCAAAUUCCUUUCCAGCCUACUCCCAGCCACAGACAGUGCAACAGCCUCUCCUAUAAACCAGUGGAGCAAAGUUAGACCAGUUAUGUAUGUUAAAAGUCUAAUGGUUUGAUAGUCCUUCAGCUACAUAAUAUAUGGAUUAUUCUUUUACUCAGUAAUUUUACAAAUUUGUACUGCUUAAUCUAGUGUCUAAUUGCAGGUUUCUUGAUGGUUGCCGUAUGUGAAUAAUUGUAAAGUGCCCUCAUUCUCUGCUCUUAGGAAAUUAUUUGAAAGAGGUGGGUGAGGAGGACUGAUAGGAAGUGGUUGGACCUUUGCAGUCUCAAAAUAUGAAAUUUCAGCUAUUUAUAACUUAGUAAAGAGUUUCUUUCCCUUACCUUAACCCUAUAAGUGACCAGUGUAUUAAGAAAGAUGCAUAUAAGGGGCUUACAAAUCAUAUUUGCUUCACAGUCUGCUGCCACAGGGAAGUUGACAGUGCCAUAACAAAUUUUAUAAAUUUAUGGUGAACAUCAUCAGACUGGCAAGUUUUUCACAUUUACAUAGACUAGAAGUUAGUAGUUAUACAUUUCCAUAUGAAUGUUAUUUCCAAAGAACAUACAUAGAAUACAUAUAUAUGAAAAUAAACUUCAAAGAAAAA